AUGCCACGUGGCGAAAAUAAAUUAAACCGCGGUUCCACGAAAAUGAGCAAAACUCUCCACGGUGGAGCUUGCGUGGAGCAAGCAUGGAGGUUGAGCUUGACCAGUCUCCCAGCAACUCCUUCGUACAACUUUCGUGGACCGAGUUCACGUAGUAUCGCGUCCACCAGGCGGGCAGUCGCGGAUGCAGGCGGCGCGGCGAGAGCAAUGCGGCGCGAUGUGCGGGUUUUAGUGGCAGUCGACCAAUCACAGGGCGCCGAGACGGCGUUUCACUUCGCGCUGACCCUGCUGUCGCGCAACGCCACCAUCUACGCGUUACACGUCCGGGACCCCAAUACAGAGUCGGCAUGGAUGUACGAGGCAGAGCAGCGCAACAGCACUGGGCAGGCGUUGGUGUGGGAGUACGAGGUGGAGGCGCGGGCAGAGGAUCUGCUGGCACGGUUCCGAGGGAUGGCACAUGCAGCUGGAAUAACCUGCCAUGCAGUGUCACGCAAGGCGGACGAUGCACGGUCAGAGCUCUGUGAGGCAGUGGAGAGGCAGGCCAUAGAGCUGCUGGUGGUGGGCUCUCGAGGGCUGGGCACCCUCUCCAGAGCCAUGCUUGGGAGUGUGAGCGACUAUUUGAUCCACAACGCGUCUUGCCCGGUGUUGGUUGUGCCCAAUCCAUUCCAGUAG